CAGCACGCUCACACUUCCUUUUUACACCACACCUAAACUAUUCAUGUAACAGUCUGCUUGUCAGACUGCAGCAUCUGGAGUGUGUGUGCUGUAUGUGGCAGCUUGCAGGAUGAAAGCCUACUGGUGGAGCUGCGUGUUAGGGUUGCUCUGCAUGACUACAGAGGUAAUACUCAACGAGUUGCAAGCUGUACAAAAGCCCUCGACCAUUUCUCAGGUGAAAGUCAACUCAUCUGUUGAGAUCAUGUGCUCUACGUCCUUGCCGGAGCCCUUGACACUAUCUCUGCGUAGGCGAUUCGAAUGGAAAAAAACCGACAAUGUUGUGUAUCUUUCCUUGGAAAAUGGAGCUAUCAAAAAGAUUACAACUGAUAAAAAAUUUGAGGACAGGAUUCGCAUAAGUCAUGGUCCUCAGGGUCAUGGGUUGAAGCAUGGCUUCACACUGCAGCUGUCUCUGCUGGGGCUGAAGGACACAGACUUGUAUUACUGUCAUUGGACUUAUGCUAACUCACGGAUUGUCAGCCUGACCAGCAAUGGCACUGUCAUCAUUGUCAGAGAGAGCAUCCCCACGGAUCAUUGCGAGGACCCCAAUUUGGAUUUCACCUUCAUUUCCCUGAGUGUAACAGCACUGACUGUCAUACUGUCCUUCUUCAUCGGAGCGAUAAUAUUCACAUGCAGGAAAUUUAGAAAACAGUUUAAACCUGCCAGAGUUGAGAGACCAUCCAGAUCUGACAGGCCUCCGCACAUCUGUCCUCGGCAGCCACCCCAUAACUGUUCAUACCUAAUCACAUAUGGAAACAGGGCCGACUUCCGGGGGAUUCUGUGAUGAGGCUGAUGAGAUAUGGAACUUUCUUGGAAAAAUUAUUGUGAGCCGCACAAUACGUUUAUCUCAAAACAGAUGACUGAAAUAAGGAUCUUGAAUGUCUCCUAGUCACUUUUUCGCUAUUAUUUCUUUCACUUCCUUUUAAGAUACAAAUAUGCUUUUUUGUCUGCUGAAACAUGCUUGAAGUACCACAUCCUGGAUGAUGUGGUGUCAUUCAAUUGUGAUGUGUUAAGGAAAACUGCAACACAAGCAUUUUGUUCUUUGCAUGCAAAAUAUUAUUUUGCUCUGAAGAUGUUUUUAAAGGACUGAACUUUUUGUAGCUGUUGUUUUAAUUUUGGACGAAGGGAUUUGAAAUUGACAUACAUUACACUUUUGUGCCUAUUUUGAUAUGUGCAUUAAACCCACUAUUUUAACAAUG